GCUCCUUCCGUACACUAUGGCAGGCGCCCGGCCUUAAGAGUGCGCCCCGCCCCCUUCCACGGGAAGUUUCUAUUUGAAAUAACGGAGGCGCGUGCGGCUGGCGGUUUGAGUCUGGAGUGGUGAUGGAGAGCGGGUCCAGACUGGGAGCGGGAGAUUCGGCCUCAGCACUUGAGCGUCCCGGACUCCAGCCCGGCCCCGCUGCGAAAGCCAGCACUGCGAGGUCAGCGUUCACCUGCUCGGUCCCCUCGGCGGCGUCGGGCGGCGGCCAGCCAGGGGAAACACAUUGUCGGGGUGCUUCUAAGAGUAAGAUACCUCAGAAGUCCAAAGAGGAACUCCACAAACCUCUCAACUCAGCAGGCCCAGAAAAUGAAUUGUACAAAAUCACCAAGCAGAGGCAGCUGAAGACUAUGGAUCCUGCUAUUAAGAAGAGCAUUAAAAAGAGCUACAAACCAUUAAAUCAACAGAAAGCUGAGGAAGAGCUCAAAGAGAAAAACCAGUUGUUGGAGACAGUUAACAGGCAGUUGCAACUAAAGCUGACUGAAAGCCAGGAAGAGUUGAAAGUGCUGACUCAAAAGGUGGAGCUGCUGGAGAAAUCUCAGGAUAGCUACUUGGCAAUUUUGGAGAGUGGUAAUAUUGACCCAGUUACAGGCAAACAGAUCCUGGAAAAUCAGCAACAAAAAAUGAAAUGUCAAAUGGAGUCUAUGUUGCUCCUGGAAAGUCUGAAAGAUGAACUGAAGCUUUUUAACCAGACAGCUACUAAGCAGAUGGAGGAAUUACAGGUAUUGAAAGUGAAGUUGAAGAUGGAAGAAGAGGAAAGAACUAAUUUCCUUGAAAAACAGGCAGCAUUUAACAACAAAAGAGAUGAUCUUACAGCUGCCCUUGAGCAAAUGGAACAAUUAUUAGCACUUUGAGAAGAAAGGGGGCUUGUUCCUUCAGCUAAAGUCAACCUAUAAGAACAUUUUUUUAAGUCUUUCUAGAACAGGACUUCCUUUACUGUCCCAACUAAAAUAUCUUCAGAAACAAAGUUGGAAUAAUCCAAGUUUGUCAUGAAGAGCAUUCCAGCCUUUUAAGCCUAUGUUAGCCAAGCAACCAGAGAUGUGAAUCAUUGGAUGGUAUGUGGACAGCCUUAAAAUCCAGAAAGGAAAACUGGACCCUUGGGCUACCUUGCUGUGGUCACUAACUAGCAAUUCAGCUAGAGGGUAAAAUCAGAAAUUGAAAUGAGUUAACAAAAGUAUCAUUUUCAGUGGGGAUUGGAAAUUAGAAAUGUUAAGAGUUUUAAAGUGGACUAAAAGAAAAGAGAUGCUGAGUCCCAUGCUGUCAUAAUCUGAUUUGAACCAUAUUUUUUUGGUUAUACCUUCCCAGUUGGGAUUUAAAUAUAUCUUAUGGCAUAAAGUCUACCACACUGCUUCCUUUCUGUUUCCAGCCACAUUUCUGAAUUUGAAAUGGGUUAACUUAGAUUUUCCUAAACAAGGAGGGAAGGUGUACAGAUGGAUGAUUGAUAUCUUCGUGAAAUAACCGACUAGGAUAAUGGACUUGGAAUGAAUGCAUUACUGGGAUCAUCUUGUUCCAAUUCGCCUGAUGGUAUUUUUUUUUUAAUUUUCUUAAGCUAAAAUAUGUCUAUAAAUAAAUA